AUGGCUUCUCCCAUGACCAUAUCUCAGCUCCCCAAUGAGCUCGUCUCCUACAUCCUCAACUUCCUCGACGAACCCUCCAUCUUUGAGCGGUAUCAAUACGAUGAUCCAGCACACAUCCCGGGCCCCGAUGAUGUGCCCUCGUCUGAUUCCUUCCGUGGCACCAUCAAAAGCGCUUCUCUGGUCUGCCGCCUCUGGAGACGCUGCACCCUACCUCUGCUCUUUCGAAAUGUCGUCUGGAGAUUUCAGCACAUGACUCGUCCAUCCAAUGGCGAGGAUCCGCUCAGCACCGUUGACGAGCUCGAGUUUCUACGCUUCCUCGCCAUGACUGGACUUGCACGAUACGUCGACAGCCUCAGCAUCAUCAUCGAUUAUCCCGUGACCGAGAUCGGAGAAGACUUCAACCACCACGCCAGUUGGGGCAUCCUCCCCAGCCAUUGCCCUGCGCCGAUCCACCAAGGACCAGGCGGAGAUCUAGCUGCCGCCGGGCCAUCCUAUGACAGCAACUCCAAAUGCCAGUCCAACAAUUGGCUUUGGCAGACCAUCUUCGAGCACCUAGAUCUCUUGACCAUCAACCUCAUCAGCUCUCCCGCCAUUCUCGCAUCGCUACUGGGUCGACCGAUCAAUUUAUCAGGGUGCUGGAUCUUCCGCCAGCGAUUCCACAUUCUCUCCCUUUCCAGACCAGCCGACACACGUCACCAAGUCGCCACUCUAUGGAACAACGCGACGGCACUGGCAAACACCCCAUUUGGCAACAGGGCACAAACAACCGUUCCUUGCUCCCUCUUCAGCAUUCGUCCGUGGGAUUCAAUGCUCCUCAACGAAGGGUCCUCAGUUAAAGUCUACGCAACAUACGAAUACUUCAACCACGUGCCCCCCUCCAUCUUACCCGCGUUACUGGAUUCCGGGGAUGAAUCCAUGCAAUAUCUUCUACGCAACUCCCUCCGCUCCCUUUCCUACGUCGCCAUCUUCCCGCUCGCCACGCAUAUAAACGAUGUCCUGAUCCCCCGCGUCCCAGCUCUUGAACGAUUCUACAUCCAGAUCGUUCCCCGAGCACCCAGCUUUGCCGAGGACGACUACCGCCAUCCCGCCAUGGACAUUUCAGAUCUGUGGAUGGAGCGAAACACGGCCUACGCGCAGCUCGUCAUGGCCAUCUUCGACCCACCUCCCCUAGGCUCAUGGAGCAGCCUGCAAUACUUUGAGUCUGGCGAUGCCGUGGACAGGGAGGCUUGGGAACAGGCAGUAAGAUAUGUGAUAUUCGCCGCGGGCGCAACUUGGAAGGUUGCCGGAGAGGGUAAAUUCGUCCGGAGGAACGACAAAGUGCCCAUGGCGGUUCUUUAG